AUGUCCGAUGAUGGCAAGCGCAUGGUCGUAUCCGAAGUGGCAUUCAUUGCUCAUGCUGAAAUGAACAUAACUUCUCUGUUCUAUACUGUGACAACAGUCAGCGGCCAUCAAAUAAGCCUUUCAUCUGAUCAUUAUAUUCGCGUCGAAAAUAAUGGAUAUGUAAUUGCUUCUCAAUUAACAUUAAACCACUCUCUUUUUGUUAUACAUUUAAAUCAUCCAGUUCGUAUUCGUUCAAUUAAAAAAGAAUACAAAAUGGGUCUUUUUAAUCCUAUUACCAUGGCUGGUACAAUUCUUGUUAAUGACAUAUUUGCUUCGUGUUACAAUCUUAACAAUCUUCGUGGUACACACUAUGAAAAACAUCACUUAUAUGCACCAUUUCGUUUAUGGUACUACGUGGCAAAAUACUAUUUAGGUUUUGGUAGUGAAGUUUAUGACAUGCCGAGAGAUGAUAUCCAUUGGCUCACUGCUAUCUACAUUCACUAUGGUCACUAUGUCGUCUUUAUUUAUCGAUCGUUGCGUGCUCUAUUCCUUAUGGGUUUGAUCGAAUUUUUUGUUCGCAUUAGCGAAAUUAUUCAUCCGAUCUUUAUUAAACAUGCUUAUUAUUAA